CUGCACGUCGUGCGGCGGCUUCCGGCGGCCAGAGGAGCUGGGCCGGGUGGACGGCGACUUUCUGGAGGCAGUGAAGCGGCACAUCUUGAGCCGCCUGCAGAUGCGGGGCCGGCCCAACAUCACGCACGCAGUGCCCAAGGCCGCCAUGGUCACGGCUCUGCGCAAGCUGCACGCGGGCAAGGUGCGCGAGGACGGCCGCGUGGAAAUCCCGCACCUCGACGGCCACGCCAGCCCGGGCGCCGACGGCCAGGAGCGCAUCUCCGAGAUAAUCAGCUUCGCCGAGACAGAUGGCCUCGCCUCCUCCCGAGUCCGCCUGUACUUUUUCAUCUCCAAUGAAGGCAACCAGAACCUGUUUGUGGUACAGGCCAGCCUGUGGCUUUACCUGAAGCUGCUGCCCUAUGUCCUGGAGAAGGGCAGUCGGCGGAAGGUGCGGGUCAAGGUGUACUACCAGGAGCAGGGCCACGGAGACAGGUGGAAUGUGGUUGAGAAGAAGGUGGACCUCAAGCGCAGCGGCUGGCACACCUUCCCGCUCACUGAGGCCAUUCAGGCCUUGUUUGAGCGGGGCGAGCGGCGGCUCAACCUGGAUGUGCAGUGCGACGGCUGCCAGGAACUGGCUGUGGUGCCUGUGUUCGUGGACCCCGGCGAAGAGUCGCACAGGCCUUUUGUGGUUGUGCAGGCACGGCUAGGUGACAGCAGGCACCGUAUUCGCAAGAGAGGCCUGGAGUGUGAUGGCCGGACCAACCUCUGUUGCAGGCAACAGUUCUUCAUCGACUUCCGCCUCAUCGGCUGGAACGACUGGAUCAUUGCACCCACCGGCUACUAUGGGAACUACUGUGAGGGCAGCUGCCCGGCCUACCUGGCGGGGGUCCCCGGCUCAGCCUCCUCCUUCCACACGGCCGUGGUGAACCAGUACCGCAUGCGGGGCCUGAAUCCUGGCACGGUGAACUCCUGCUGCAUCCCCACGAAGCUGAGCACCAUGUCCAUGCUCUACUUUGACGACGAGUACAACAUUGUCAAGCGGGACGUGCCCAACAUGAUUGUGGAAGAGUGUGGCUGUGCCUGAUGCAGCAAGGCUGUGGAAGUGGGGCGCCAGGACAGUCUCGGAUGGGCUUCUUGCAGCCCCUGUGGGAAGGGGGUGCGUGGCGGGCUGAGUAUGGCUGUUAAGUUGGGCUGCCUAGAAGGUGCCAGGGUGAGGCCCGAAAUAUUUUUCUACUACUUCAUCCAGCAAUCAGUCAAAAGCAGAGCAAGAACCCUCAACUGACAUGAAAUACUUUAAAAUGCACACGUAGACACGCACAGCCAGACGCAUCCUGCCACCCACACAGCAGCCUCCAGGAUACCAGCAAAUGGAUGCGGUGACAAAUGGCAGCUUAGCUACAAAUGCCUGUCAGUUGGAGAGAAUGGGGUGAGCAGCCACCAUUCCUACCAGCUGGCCCGGCCACUCUGAAUCGCGCCUUCCGAGCACACAUAAAAGCACAAAGACAGAGACACACACGCACACAGAGGAGAGGAGAGCUCAAGUGAGCAGGGGAGCCACCAAGAAGAAAGCAGAUUUGGGGGGUGGGGAGUGUGCAGGCAGGCAGAGGGCUGUGUGGCCCCCUUUGCUUGUGCAAGGCCCGCUGUGCCUUAGCAUCUCCUGGCUCAAACGCAUCUGCUUCCUUCCCUGCCUGGAUCCUUCAUGCAGCAGGACCAGGGGAGCUUGUCUUUUUCCUUCCAGUAGAGGGAAGGAGGCCCAGAAAGGACACAACCUGCUGAAGACCAGAGACCAUGGAGCAAUGGCAGUGACCGUGACUCUUUGUAGUUUGGGUCCCUGGCGUGAUUUAUAUGUGUGUUUGUUUUGGGGGUGGGGAGGGAGGGAGAGGAGAAGGAUCUUAAUUUGAUGCUUUAACUGAUCACUAGCAGUUGACAGAUCAUUCAUUCCAGUUGUAUAAUUGAAGAAGGACUUUUCUACCAGGUAUGAUCUUUUAAGUUAAAAUCUGAAUUGUUCUAAAUGGGGAAAAAAGUUGCAAUCUCUGCCCCGCACUGGGGAUAUUCCUUUAGGACUGUUUGGGGAGGGUUGGAAAUGACCCUUAAGCAAGGGGAUUAGACCAGAGAAGGAAAUGGUGAGGUGGAGGCAUUCUGGAAAUGCUGGGUGUGGGGGUUGCCUCCUCAGCAGGGGGUGAGGGAAGGGAGCAGUUUAGCCGGUCUUGGAGAGAUGGGAAAGGCUUUCAGUUGCUUUGCAGAAGUUGCCAGUGUAGGCCCCAGCCACCAGAGCUGGCCAUGGACAUGGCCCCCGCCAGCUCACCUGCCUGCCAGCCCCUCUUAGCACUUGCAGACCUGCCUGAAUGCACAUGAUAUAGCACUUGCUCAUCUGCGUGUGUCCAGAAGUGGCCCUUGGCAGAGCACUGAACUCGCUCACCCCUAAAUGUCCAAGUGCCGCGUGAACUAUGCAAUUUAAAGGGUUGACCCAUACUAGACAAAACUGGACUCGUACGACUCUUUUUAUAUUUUUUAUACUUGAAAUGAAAUCCUUUGCUUCUUUUUUAAGCGAAUGAUUGCUUUUAAUGUUUGCACUGAUUUAGUUGCAUGAUUAGUCAGAAACUGCCAUUUGAAAAAAGAAGUUAUUUUUAUAGCAGCAAAAAAAAAAAAUACAGUUAAAUGUAUUAUACAUAAUUUUGGAACCAAAGAGGCCAACAGAUCAGUUUUAAUUUUUAUUAGAUGGUGGGGCCAUCUUAUAUGAGGUAGAUGUUCUGAACAAUCCCUUGAGUGGCCUGCCAACGUUUCAGGGUAUAAAUGGAUUUUGUUUAUUCAGUUUGACGUGUCUUUUCUAUCCUCACACACCCAGAAGGUAGAGUAAAAAUGAUUAUGGUAGAAUGCAGGUGUGUAUCCUUAAAUCUCCAUCUUUAUGUUUAUUUAAUAAAGCUCCCCUUAGGUUCUGUUUCAUAAUAAUUUAAAACCAAACAAUUUUCCCAUAGACUUGCUGUUAAAGUAUUUUACAUUUGUGUACAGUUUAAGAAAAUAAAAGAUUGAGUGCCACCGGC